AUGUAUUCUAAUGUAACGACACAACAGUCUGGAAAGGAACUAAUGCCAAAGGAUGCUGCUGGAAACAUUGAAUUUCAAGAUACUGAUUACCUGGAAACUUGGAUAGGAAUGGAGUUUUGUAGGCAACAAGGAAUGGCUCGCAGUAUAGGCGUUAGCAAUUUUAAUUCUGAGCAAUUAGAAAGAUUGGUCAACAAUGCUCAUAUAAUGCCCGUGGAAGUGACGCUUAAUUUAAAUCAAAAACCGUUACUUGAGGUGUGCAAAAAAUUAAAUAUUACUGUUACCGGCUUUUCUCCCCUGGGGAGACCAGGAAAUCGUCACGGUAUUAAAAAUUUAUGGGAUGAACCGGAAAUUCAAGAGCUUGCUAAAAAAUACAACAAAUCUUGUGCCAAUAUUGCUUGCAGAUUUUUGCUUGAACGAGGUGUAACUCCAAUUCCCAAAUCAGUUACUCCAUCUCGAAUAAAAGAAAAUUUUGAUAUUUUCAAUUUCAACUUAACAGCGGAGGAAAUAAGUAGAAUUGAAGCCAUGGAAACUGGAAUAAGAACUGCAACCUUUGGAGAGGCUAAGGAUUCUUUAUACUAUCCUUUCAAGAUUCCUUUUUAA